GUCGUGUUGGCGGAUUCGGUAUGUCUCUAUGACGAUGUAUCGACACUGCGUACGUCACUGAACCACAGCACAUAGAGCAGACGAGUCUGCGUCAGUGCAAGCAAUCACUCCCAUUCGACCAGCCCGAGCAAGAGAUGGCCUUCGCAACUUCCUAUCACCUCCCCGAUACCAUGAACUCUUGGCCGUGGCCUCGCAGCAUCCACCCGGAUGCCGAGGAGGUCAUAGCUGCGUCCGCAGAAUGGCUCCGCUCCUUCCAUGCUUUCAAAGAGGAGUCUCAGCGAGCCUUUGACAAGUAUGACGUUGCACUCAUCGCUGCCCUGGUCUACCCGUUUUCGAACAAAGAGAUUCUGAGAAUUGCUUGCGACUUAUUCAAUUUGUUCUUCGUAUUCGACCUUUAUACCGACGCGGAGGACGCGGAAGGCUGUCGCAAGAUGGCCGAUGCAGUCGUAGAUGCGCUGCACAAUCCACGUAGACUGCGCCCAGACGGCGAAGCAGUCCUAGGAGAGAUUACACGCCGAUUCUGGGCGCACGCGAUCGAUAGCGGGGCAGUUGGGCGCACCGCUCAGCGCCGUUUCAUUGACUACUUCACGGCCUACGUCGACUCUGUCGUCGAUGAGGCGGCUGACCGCGACCAGGACGUGUACCGGUCCCUCGAUAGCUACUUUGAGAUCCGCCGGGAGACGGUCGGGUUUCGUCCCUUGUAUGCGCUCAUGUUGCAAGAGCUCCCCGACGAGGUUGCCUACCACCCCGCGAUGGUCGAGAUGAGCGUAUGCGCCACAGAUAUGGUGAUUAUCGACAAUGACAUCAUAUCUUACAAUGUGGAGCAGAGCGUCGGCGACGUCCGGCACAACCUCGUCACGGUCACCAUGCUCGAGCGCAAACUCGACAUCGACGACGCUGUCGCGCUGCUUUUCGGGCAACACGUCGCUCUACAGGAAAGAUUCCAGAAGGCCUACCAUGGUUUUGAGCCGCACUGGGAUCCCGCCACGAACGAGCAGCUCGGAGAGGCGCUGCGCGAUCUCGCGAACUUGCCGCGGGGUGCAUACUGCUGGCACUUCGAGGGAGGCAGGUAUUUCGGAACGAAGGGCACGGAGAUUGGGGUCUCGCGCCGCGUGCAGCUCUUGCCACCGCUGCUCAAUGGAGAUCGGAGGCAAGAUAAUAUCGCGAUUCCUGUCAUAGACGAAAUGUGGGGUACUACACCGCAGCUCGCUGCGUAGUCUCAUGGAAAUGGCUUCCGUGAAUAUACUGUCGUGACAUUGAUCAGUCUCGGAAGUGCAGGACAUUCGCGCUAAGUUGUCAACGUUAACUCGCCGCAUGAAUGUCUAGAGAGGCCUCAGGC